AUGGCGUUCAACUUCAACUGGUCGCCGCUAAUAGCGGACACGGAUCGAGUACGCGAUAUGCUCACCAACGCUCUGAACAAAUCCCCGAAGCCGCCCAUAAUCGUCGACGAUAUUGUUGUUAACGAGCUGAACUUGGGUUCCACACCACCGGAGUUGGAGAUCUUGGAGAUUGGGGAUUUGGCAGAAGAUCGUUUCCGCGGCAUAUUCAAGAUGAGCUACAAAGGCGAUGCAUACCUCACCCUCAAGACAAGAGUGCAGGCCAAUCCGCUUAAUACCUACCUUUCUACGAAGCCCAGCUUCGCAAGCCCGCAACCCCUGGCAGCGAGCAGUAGCUUGACCAUACCCAUACAAAUCACACUGUCUGAUAUCCGGCUAUCAGGCUUUGUCAUCUUGGUCUUUUCCAAACAGAAGGGUAUCACCAUUGUUUUCAGGAAUGACCCUUUAGAGAAGCUGAAGGUUUCCUCGACCUUCGACUCGAUACCAUUCGUGCGCGACUACCUGCAGAAGACCAUCGAGAAUCAGCUGCGGAUUCUUUUUAUGGAAGAUCUGCCAGCUAUAAUCCAUCGGCUGUCGCUGAGGGUGUUCAGCCCAGAGUACCAAACGGCGGAACAUCAAGAACCAAGCAAAGAACACGCCGAGGGACAAAAGCCUAUCGAUCCGUUCGCAAGCCCAGCACAGCAACCUGUUUCCGAUGACUCCGACCCGUUCUCCUCCCUGACGCUCGAACCGCCGACCGAAACCUACGCAACCUUCUCGCAAAAGAACAUGGUCCGCCUGGCGGCUCUGACGGAAAGUCAGAAGACAUUGAGCUUGUUUACCCCGAGUAUCAGAGAUUCAAUCUACCGCGCGUGGGCGAGUGCAGCGCAUCGCGACGAAAUCAACAAAGGCACGAAUACGCCAACUAGAACGGUCACGCUUCAAAGACUUCAGUCAUCCAUCAUGUCCCAAAGCGCUGUAUCUUCAGCUGCAUCCCAGACAUCAGGAGCAGGAUCCGAGGUUACUAGGCCUAGCUUAACAUCUAUGGCUUCUGCCAGCACGACGUACAGCUUUGGUGGCAGUGCGUCCAGGUCACGGCCCGGCAAGAAGAGGAAGAACAGAGUCGUCAACUUGAGACGGAACAAGGAUGCGGAAGAGAACGUAAUGGAGACUGCAAGCGUGUCGAGCAGCUAUGACGACAGCGCUACAAGGAGCGUGGGCGGUUCUGCUCGAUCAAGUGUGGUCAGGACUGGGACACACGAGUCGACAGCUCCAUCAAGCGAGUUGCGGGAGGGCGAAAUCACCACUCCGCCUAGGAGCGCGCGAAAGAGAGUCGAGUUUACUGCACAGGACGCGAGCCGUCAAGAUGGAGGCUCUGAUGGGCGUCCGUCGAGAGCAAGGCCUGUUACUCCGGCCAAACCUUCGCUCUCCACGCAGGCUGUCUCCGAUCCGGACCCUACACCUCGUGCAUCAACAGUUCUCCCAGAGACUGACCAGAUCGUGCGCCCUACCAUCCAUAAGCUUCCCACCAUGCACGCCAUUCCGUCUCGGUCUCCUUCACCUGAGCUUCGACGAACCACCUCGGAUAAUGUGCGUCGCUCAUCCUCCGAGAUGACACUUCAGAGUCUCGUAUCUGCUUUUGGCGAGAGUAGCACAGGUGGUAUCCUGGAGCAAGCCUGGAUGCAAAAGAUGGCCACCGAGAUAGCCAGGAAAGUGGAGUCGGAAAGAUCGAAACAGCGCGCAUGGCGAGCCCCGUCCGAAGAUGGCGUCUCCGAGGGCGCCGAAGCACCUCCGGCGUACGUCUCCUAA